AUGUGCUUUUUCCUCUCCACUUGUCUGAAUGUGUUGCAGGGCUCCCAGUACGAGCUGAAAGAUAAUCCGGGUGUCCACCCUGCUACCUUUGCUGCCCACACUGCCCCUGGCUAUUACCCCUACGGACAGUUCCAGUACGGAGAUCCCGGGCGGCCCAAAAACGCUACCCGGGAGAGCACCAGCACCCUCAAGGCCUGGCUCAACGAGCACCGCAAGAACCCCUACCCCACCAAGGGCGAGAAGAUCAUGCUGGCCAUCAUCACCAAGAUGACCCUCACCCAGGUCUCCACCUGGUUCGCCAACGCCCGCCGGCGCCUCAAGAAGGAGAACAAAGUGACCUGGGGCUCCAGGAGUAAAGAUCAAGAAGAUGCCAACCUUUUCGGGAGUGACAAUGAGGGAGACCCCGAGAAGAAUGAAGACGAUGAGGAAAUCGACCUGGAGAGCAUAGACAUAGAUAAAAUCGACGAGAACGACGGGGAGCAGAGCAAUGAGGAGGAGGAGGAGAAGCCAGAGCUCCUGAGACAAAGCAGUGAAGAGGAGCACUUGGAAAAAGAGAAAGAUUUGGCACUGUCAGGAGCUGAAGGGCUGAAACCCAAAGACACGAUGGCCAUGGUGAAGGAGGCCUCCGACACGCGAAUCAUAAGUCCCAGUGGACAGAACAAUUUACAGAUGCCAUCUCUCAGCAAACCCAAGAUUUGGUCUUUGGCAGAGACUGCAACCAGUCCUGAUGGCGCCCUGAAGUCUUCUCCCCCUCCACCCCCUCCUCCCCAGGUUAACCACACUUCCCCACAGAUCCAGCAUCCUGCUUUUCUCCCUAGCCAUGGACUCUACACAUGCCAGAUCGGCAAAUUUCACAACUGGACAAAUGGGGCUUUCCUCACUCAGAGUUCCCUGCUAAAUGUGAGGUCCUUUCUGGGAGUAAACCAUCACCACGCUGCUCAUCACAACCACCACCUCCAGGCCCAGCAACAGCCUUCUGUUUUAACAGCAACCCUGGGAGCCCUAAGUGGCGAAAAACCUUCAGAGAGGACCAGUCCCAAACACAUAGAAAGAGAAAAUGUACCAAGAACUGAAUCCCCACCUCAGCCGCUAAAAUCGCCUUUCCAGGCUGUCCGUGACAACUCUUUGGCUCAGCAAGAGGGAACACCGCGAAUUUUAACAGCUCUCCCUUCUGCUUGAUUAGAUGGUUUGGUGAAAAAAAAAAUUGCAAAGACUGGUAUUAAGGACAGGAAAAAAAAAACGGAAACGAUAUAAACGACUCCCAUCAAUCUCUUUUUGCAAUAAGGUGGUGCAAAUCCAUAAAAGCGAUUACACAAAUCUGUAGAUGGAUCCCCUUCUUCAUUGUACCAUUUCAGAUCGUGUUAUUCUAACCAUUCUUGGAUUAUUUGUUUGGUAAAUGUUUCCCAUGUGUUUGUGUUUUUUUCUGUAUAUAGAGUGAUUUCAGAAUGUAAAUAGCGCGUCAGCAAAACUUGUCUAAAUCAUAUAUUUUUGUCUAAUAAACUAAAUGAAACUA